AUUACUUUCACCGCUUAAUCUUAGCUACGUUUUUUUUUAUUAAAUCUCAUCGGAUGGAAGAAGAAGUAACAACUGUAUUUUUAUUAUAUACACUGUUAUAUUGCUUUUUUGCAAUUUGUGUUAUCGCACCACCAUCUGAAUUAGUUUCAGCAGGAUUCUCUAUCCAGAAUGUGUUUUCAAACUAUUUAGGCAGCCAAGAUCUUCACUUUAUAAUCUACCAUCAACGUAGGACAUCGAUAACAUUGGUCAUUCAUUCUAUCUUACCACUUGGAUAUUAUGUUGGGCUGAGCUGUUUGGUGGAUAGCCGUCUUCAUUUUGACUUGGACGAUUUAACGUCAGGAUGGAUGAUAUAUUUGAUUCUGGCCACUAGCUUCCCAAUUGCUACUCUUACCCUAUUUUACUACUGGUCAUUAAAUAACUGGGAUCAACACCCUGUAGCUAAACAGUUGCAACUGUUAACAGAAAAUGGUUCAUCUUGGCAUGAUAUUGCUUCCUCCAUUAAUGUGGAAUUUCGGAGACCAGAUAAAUUUACAUCAGGUUCAAUGGCACGUCGAGUAAUUGUAACUGAUUCUUGGGUUAUGAAAACUUCUACAUACCAUGUGUAUAUCGCUCAUCAAAAUGAUAUUCAUCUUAGCCUUGCUAGCAGUGAAGAACAUCAAAUGUCUUAUGAAUCAAUGUCUAUUGUUCAGUACCUUAACAUUAACAUUAUACCCAACAAUGCAGCUAUUAAACCCUUUACUAUCAGAUUAAAUUCUUUAGAAUAUGGUGAGUUGAGAGGGAAGUUAAGAGCUCCUCUCCUGAAUGCCCGCAAUAUCAUUAUUCAUCAGUCAUUGAGUGAUCAGUUCCUUGUUGCUUUUCAAAAUGAAGUAGAAAAAAAUCCUGUGUAUGUUUUGUCUCCAGAAACAGAUGUGGAGACAUGUGUUGGUUGUCUUCAGAAAGAAGCAAAUGUAAAACUCCAAAAGUUAUGUACUGAACUGAGAGAAGGGGAUUGUCAACAGUGCUAUUGUCGUCCAAUGUGGUGCCUUGAUUGUAUGGGUAAAUGGUUUGCAAGUCAACAAGACAAAGAUAGCUCUCAGACAUGGCUAAGUGGUAAAACACCAUGUCCAACUUGCCGCAGAAGAUUUUGUAUCCUCGAUGUCUGUUAUAUUACUCAACCGUGAUAUUUUUAUUCUGAAUGAAAUGGCUAUUGUGGGCUUCAAUUAUGGGUAAUCUAAAUGCUUCAAACUGAUCUGUUCAUGUACUUGAUUGUUGGUAUUACUAAUAACUUGGCUUAGUUCUAGGUAUUGCUAAGAACCAAUAAAAUGUACAUCUGUCUUAUUUAUAUAUUUGAACUGAGAAAACUUUUUUAUUAAUUACUUAGUCACAAAGUAAAUUUUUAUAAGGGAUAAGUAUAAUCAUUUGUCUUCAGUUUAUUACUGCUGUUUGGCAACCCAAUCAAGAAAAAAGGGAAUAGCUGACUGUAAUGAAAUUUGGCCAUAACUGAAGAGAUGACACUAAACAAUUGUAAAGCAUUUUGCCUGGAGCUCUACUAUUUCAACAAUCUCCUCUAUUUUAGAUUUUACAAUAAAAUUAACUUCAAUAAAAGUUUGAAUUUAUUAUCAGCA